AUGCAUACAUGCGUACAGCGGAGGGAAAGGAUGCAGAAAAAUUUUAUGAUUCAUAUGAUUGUGUUGCUCUUCUUACUUGCUACCCAUUUCACGUUUACGGCCAGUGGUGUUCUAACCGUUUUUGAGGGAAGAACGAAGCCGCCAGAUCUUGAUGGAUACACUUUCGACCGCUUUCUGCAAGAAUAUGGAAAAAAAUACGACGCAAGGGAAUAUGUGCGUCGUAGGGCCUUAUUUGAGCAGACGCUGGCCAGGGUGCGUACCCACAAUGAGGCAGGAAACCAUCUGUAUGUGAUGGGCAUCAACCACAUGUCAGAUUGGACACCGGAGGAGCUUGCCAGUCUGAACGGCGCAAGGCCGCGCAUGAUGAGCCACCUCGCCCAGAAGAGUUUACAGCGCAGAUACCAGGCAAUUGGUGGGAGAAUCCCCGAUGAGGUAGACUACCGCAAUUCCUCCCCCGCUAUUCUUACGGCGGUAAAGGAUCAGGGCCGUUGUGGAAGUUGUUGGGCCCAUGGUGCGGCAGAAGAGAUGGAGUCGCAUUUCGCCAUAUUAACUGGAAGGCUUCACGCGCUCAGUCAGCAGCAAUUAACAUCGUGUGCGCCCAACCCGAAAAAAUGCGGUGGGACGGGUGGCUGUUAUGGUUCGACGGCAGAUCUAGCCUAUGAAUACGCUGAAAAAGGCAUCGCAUCAGAGUGGGUGUAUUCCUACACGUCAUAUAGAGGCGAAACAGGUGACUGUCGUAAUGAAUUGGAUGUGAUCGCCGUUGCCCAGGUCCAAUAUUACGUGAAGAUUCCAUCAAACGAUCAGGAUGCCGUCAUGGAGGCCCUUGCCAAAAACGGUCCUUUGUCAGUCAACGUCGAUGCAACGUACUGGGCGGCAUACGCUGGAGGUAUAUUUAAUGGCUGCGGCUACAACAAGAACAUCACAAUUAACCAUGUUGUACAACUUGUGGGUUAUGGGCACGACAACAAGCUGAACCUUGAUUACUGGAUUUUACGUAACUCAUGGUCUCCAAGCUGGGGUGAAAACGGGUACAUGCGGCUGCUGCGCACGGAUAAGGCCGAAUGUGGCUGGGACGUCAUGAUGCAGGACGGUACGGCGUGUGAGGACGACCCUUCCGUUGCUUGGGUUUGUGGAGAAUGUGGGAUUCUCUUCGAUACCUCUUUCCCUGUGAUGUCGUGA